ACACACACACACUACAGAUUCUAAAAGGCCAGCCUCGUGGGAGAGAGAGCAAUAACAGAAUCUGGAGAGACAACAUUCUCAAUCCUGACCAGAACAGCAGCCAGACUAAAUAAUGAAGGCUUUCCUGGUAGCCUUGCUCCUGAUGAUGACAGUGGCAAAUGGAUGUGCUCUGAAGUGCAGACGCUGUGUUCCUUCGGUACCAGGCGGAAGAUGUACCGUAUCCACGGAGACCUGCUCCUCUAACAUGGAUGCCUGUGUUGCCGCCCGCUUCCUCAUCUCCCCCUUCUCAUACUUCAACAGGUGCAUUAAAAUGAGCGACUGCAGGAUCCUGCAGAGGAGCCCCUACAUAAAAGCCAACUGCUGCCAGACAGACAUGUGCAAUAUCUCCAGCUUUUAGAUGUCCAGAUCCCUCCUGAGUGUCCAAGACCCCCCCCCCCCCACACACACACACACAUACGCAUGUGCGCGGAGACACACACCCCAAUACACACACACACACACACACACACGCACAUGCGCGGAGACACACACCCCAAUACACACACACACACACACACGCACAUGCGCGGAGACACACACCCCAACACACACAUACACACACACACACACACACACACACGUGUGUGGAGACACACACCCCAACACACACACACACACCUUAGAUUCUUCAGGAGCCAUGUCAUACCUCCAGCCUGUAGAUGUCAAGAUCCUUCUGCACCGGUUCACUUGAAGUCAUAACCUGUCAUAUCAGAGAAUGUUUGAUACGCUAUGUGUUUGUUGAAAGCCAUGUACACUUAAAUGUUAAAGAAUGUUUGAUACACUGUGUUUGUUGAAAGCCACGUACAUUUAAAUGUUAAAGAAUGUUUGAUACGCUGUCUGUUGAAAGCCACGUACAUUUAAAUGUUAAAGAAUGUUUGAUACGCUGUCUUUGUUGAAAGCCAUGUACAUUUAAAGACACAGUACAAAUAAAGUGUCUGCUUUACAACAUAA